CUCCAUGACAAUGACUCGAGCUGUGUUGAACUAGUGCAAUGGCUGCUCCGCUGCCUCGUUGCGACAAGUGCGACAAGGAAUUCGAUAAACUGCUGCAAUGCGGUCGAUGCAAGAAUGCUUUCUACUGCUCGAAAGAGUGUCAGAAUACUGCUUGGAAAUCCCACAAGAACAUAUGCCGAAAACCAAAUGAAGAGCCGCCAGAGGCAAAGAUACACAUGACUCGAUUGGCUCAGAAGGAGGCAAAACCAAAGCCAAAGAGCUUUGGCUACAGCCCGCCGGUAACUGUCACGAAGGAGGACUUGGAAGAGCCCGAAACGGCUGAACAGUUCAGGCAGGAGCUGUUGAGAGAAGCCAAAGUGACGAAUGCGAAGAUGAUGGCGGCCAUGCAAGAGUCCGGCGGCAACUCCCAAGUCUUUUUGCCUCAAGUCGCGUCGCUGAAGGAGGCGUAUUAUUCCUUUAUCAUGGAACGCAUGUGUGCCAAAGAUCCAGAGCGCGAGGAUGUGCACGACAUGGCCGUUCAAUAUGGCGAGGGGCUGAUGAGGGAGGUAAUCUUUGCACUGCUGCAACGGGGCUUGCCCAACUCCGCGAGUGUUGACCAGUUGGAUUUGGCGAACAACCACUUUCGUACAGGAAUAAUACAGCAGAUGUCUCCAGCAGAGUUUGCACUGAGUGACGGAGACCUCGAAGGCUUUGAACCUGCGGUAUCUCGAGUGUCGCAGAAGGGCUUCGUGACUGUGGAGGGCCUGCUUGACGCUGAGAUGGCUGCGGUCAUACACAAGGAGUGUGAAGAAAACUUCUGGCAUCAUCGGGCUGUGGGCGCCAUGUCUCUGGCGAAGGGCAAGAAGGACGGCUUCUACGAGUGCUGGUUGCCCUAUCCGCCCAGAAAGGGCACUUCCCCGGAGCUCGAGCAUGCUUUGAGGAUCUUGUUUGGGCUUCCCCAUGAAUUUGGCCGACAUGGAUAUCCAACAAAGCUGAAAACUUCAACUAUGGCUCACUUGGCUUGCUUUCCACCAGGAUCAAGAGAAGCGAAGCAUCUCGAUUCUGCUGGAGAUACCACAAAUCCUCGGGAGUUGACGUAUUCCCUCUUCUUGGCCCAUGACUGGAAGGAGGAGGACUCUGGCCAACAUCGAAUCUUCCUGGAUGGCAAGGAAGAGUCCAAACCACACCAGGAUGUAUGCCCAGAAGUGGGAAGAUGUCUGAUAUUUCAAUCCCAAACAGUGGAGCACAUGGUGCUUUCCCCAAAGCGCUUGCUAUUUGUAUUGACAAUAUUUGCAUAUCGUGCAGAACCGACUUAAA